AUGCCUCCCUAUGACAGCGACUCCUCAGAUGAAGGGGAAGACUACUCGACCACAAACGUCACCCUCGGCUAUGUCUCCGCCGACUCAACAGGCGACGAGAUCAGCCACGUCGGUGGCCAUCCUACCUGGCUCGAUGCCUCCAUAAAUCCUCCUGCUGCGCUCGCGAAAUGCAAAGUGUGCAACAGCUACAUGUCCCUCCUGUUGCAACUUAAUGCAGACCUCCAACAGUAUUUCCCCAACGACGAGCGACGCUUGCACAUCUUAUGUUGUAGGAAGAAACCGUGCUCGAAGAAGGUGGGCAGUGUUCGCGCAUUUCGGGAAGUCAGGAAGUCGGAGCCAAGAGAGCGCAAGGAGAAGAAGCCAUUGACAGACCUACGACCGCCGGAACCUUUACAAGAUCUUGGAAGUGCACUGUUUGGAGGGCCAACGCAGCAACCAGCAGCGAAUAAUGGUGCCAAUCCCUUCUCAAUAUCAGGGUCGACCGCAACGUCGCCAGAAAACCCGUUCUCUAUGUCGUCCUCGCAUGGAUCGGCAGCAGCAAACCCGUUCGCGUCGAUAGACUCUCCCUCUACGUUGGCUGCUUUGCCUCCACAAAAUCCAGUCAACGAGUCUUCACCUCAGCCACUCACGCAGUCAUUCGCAGAGAAACUGAAGAUCGGUGCCGAAUCAACUGCACACGGAAAGGAACAGAAAAUCUUACACGAACCAUGGCCUUCGCCGUCCGAUUUCCCCCCUCCGUACCCCUCCUUCUACCUGGACGCAUACCCAGAAGAACUCGAAAAAGAACAGCCUUCCACUAUCCCAGUGAAGAACGGCGAGUCCUCCAAAACCCACUAUGAUGCUGAAGAUUCAGGCACCGCCUCGAACGGCAAAGAUGAUUAUGAUAUGACGAUGGAUAAAACAUUCCAAAGGUUCUCAGACCGCAUUGCACAAAAUCCGGACCAAGUGCUUCGGUAUGAGUUCAAGGGUGAACCGUUACUAUACUCUGGCACAGACGACGUGGCAUCACGGUUCACCGUUCCGCAUGGAAAAGCAGGUGCGCCGAGGGGUAUACCGAGAUGCGAGAGUUGUGGCAGUCAGCGGGUGUUCGAGCUGCAGCUUGUUCCAGGUUUGAUUUAUGAGUUGGAGAAAGAUGAGGACCUGAGCCUGGACGAAGGCAUGGAAUGGGGCACGAUUAUCGUGGGGACCUGCGUGAACAACUGUGGUGAGACUGGAGCCGUCAGUUUCAAGGAGGAGUGGGUUGGUGUGCAGUGGGAGGAAAGGGUGACGAGGAAGUGA